GCGGCUCUUCUCCCAGCAGCAGCAGGGGAGGGGGUGAGGCUCUUCCCAUCAUGCACUCCCCGACCAUCAGCGGGAAACCAAAAUGGCGAAUACGCGGGGGGGAAACGACCCGUUUGUUGUUUUCUGAAGAGGCGCUGGAAGUUCUCAGGACGCGCUCGUGAAGGACGUCGUCGUGCUCGUGGCAGGGGGGAGUCGCCGCCGCAGUCCGGUCAUUUUGCUGUAGGAGUUGUUGGCUGAAGCGCGGGGCCGAAUGAGAGACUCGGGAGUCGCUAAUCACCUGUUGGUCCACCACAGAUCUCACCUGCAUCAGCAGGGUGCUCCUCUGUUACCCAGCAGCCUCUCUGAUAAAGAGGAGUAUGGGGAAGAAGGCAUGUCUGCCCGCUUCAGAGAGGGACAGGACGUGUUGGCCCGCUGGUCAGAUGGCCUUUUUUACUUGGGAACCAUCACAAAGAUUGAUGAGGAGAAACAGCGGUGCUUCAUAGUCUUUGAAGAUCGGUCAAAGUCCUGGGUUUUCUGGAAGGAUAUUCAAACAGGAGAUGAAGAUGAUGAGGAUGAUGAGGACGAGGACAUCGUGUGCUCUAUAUGUCAGGAGGAAAUGUCAGAGGAACCCAAUGAGAUCGUCAUUUGUGAUAAAUGUGGACAAGGCUACCACCAGCUCUGUCACGACCCCAUCAUCGACGCUGCCGUCAUCGACUCUGAUGACAACUGGCUCUGCUCUGAGUGUGAACUGGCAUCUCUAUCAAAGAAGAACAGUUCGCUCAAGAGGAGGACAUCAUCCAAAAUCGGUUCCAAACAUGAAGCAGAACCCCAGCAGCACAUGGAGCUGCAGCUCUCCUUCCCAUACGCCCUGGACAAGCUGGUUUGGGACCAGGGCCACAAAACCAACCUCCAACAGUGCUACUGCUACUGUGGGGAUCCAGGACACUGGUACCUGAAGAUGCUGCAGUGUAGACGGUGUCAGCAGUGGUUCCACGAAGCCUGUCUCCAUUGUUUACAGAUGCCCAUGCUCUACGGCGACAGGUUUUAUUUAUUCAUCUGUUCAGUUUGCAAUGGUGGACCAGAGUAUGUGAGCCGGCUGCCGCUCAGCUGGAAGGAUGUGGCUCAUCUGAGUCUGUACAACAUGAGUGUGAUUCAGAAGAAGAAGUACUUUGACUCUGAAAACCACCUGUUGGAGUACAUCAACGACAACUGGGAGCUGCUGCAGAUGGGAGAGCUCGCCGAUACACCGAUCGCUGAGCGCUGUGAGAACAUUCUGAAGGCCUUAAACACCAACAGCUGCAUAUUCAAGUCUGGAAAAGAGGUGAAGAAGAAGAAGCACUUGUUUAGUCUGCGGGUGUGCUUUCCACCCUCGCCCCCCCACAGCGACGAGCCGGUGAACGGGCUGAUGGAGAAGACUUCACAUGAGAUCACCAUAAAGGGCUGCAAGCCCACCGCCACCACCCUGUCAGGAAUGGGAAGUCCCAGUACUUUAACCAACGGCACGGAAAAGAAGAAGAAGAAGAAGAAGAAAAAGAAAAGGAGGAAACAGGGAGUGUCUUUUCUGGAGACGGAAUCCCAGCGCUUCAGUGAGCGCCUGAGCCAGGAAACGAGAAGCCCUCUCCCUCUGGAGCCCCACCCUCUGCAUCAGUUCCCCUCAGUCAAAAAAAGCCAGUGUCAGCUUUCAUCCCAAACCCUGGAAGUGGAAUCCAUUGGAGACCUCAGCGUGUCGGAAACUACCUCAACCAGCAUUUCCAGGCAGUCCAGCCUCUGCAGCUCCCUGAUGCACAGACCUCCCUACAGCAUGCCCGCGUCUUCUCCUCCUCUAAAACGGAAACGUGGACGCCCACGGCGAGCUCUGCAGCCUCCCAACCCGGAGAUCCCCCCUCCCAACCACGCAGACGUGGACCCCCCCGCCUCGGAGAGCCUCCCCCCUCCUGGUCUCCACUCCUCCAACAUCGUCCAUGGAUUGGAUCCCAACAGUCAGCUGUCCCACCUCAGGAGCUCCAUCAGCAACUACUUUGGAGCAGCAGGGCGCCUGGCUUGUGGGGAGAAGUAUAAGGUGAUCGCCCGACGGGUCACCUUUGACGGAAAGGUGCAGUAUUUGGUGGAGUGGGAAGGAGUCGCUGCCUCGUAGAACUCUGAAGUGGACGUGCUGAUCCGACAGAAGGACGAGUUCAGAGCGAGGCCUCAGUGUGAACGAGAGACUUUCUGAGAAACGUUCUCCUCCUCCUGUGACGGCUCCAGGUGACCUGUCAGCCACAUGGAAGUCACUCCAGACUGAAGACGGGAGGAGGAGGGAGUUCAGUUUGAUGAAUCCACCAAACUCAGAAGAAUCCUGUCCUCCUCUCACUUCCUCUCUUCUUUCAGCUUUUUUUGGAAAGUGAGUUCCAGAGUGAACAUUUCAUAAUCUCAGAGUGAGAGUUCUGCUGCAGAAACAAACUAAAGUCUGCUCAUGCUGACAGACUUAUUACAGAUUAAUUAUGCAUAUCAGACUGUUUUUGGGUUUUUCUCACAUCUUCAUUAUUUGACCGUUUCUCAGCGUUCAAACAUUUCAUUUCCUCUCAGAAGUUUGGGCUACCUUUUUUUAUACCAUCUAUUUAGAUUUAAAUGUAAUAAAUUAUUACUUUAAGAAACCAAAAUGUAAUUUUAUUUAGUCAAAGUGCUGCAAACGAUUGUAGUGUACCCUCCUGUCUCAUUUUCUUCCUAAAGUGUUAACCCCCAGAAGGGCGGAGCCUCUGUGGGUGGACAGGUGUCGGGCUGUCAGUGCAGCUCAGGUGUUUCUACAGGAAGUUGCAUCGAUCUAAGCGCUCAGGAUAAAUCCCGCUGUGACUGCAGGCUUUGCAAAAUGUUUUUGAAACCUAGUUCUGGGGCAGUGUUUAGCAUCAAUUUGUAAGUAUUUUGUAUAACCUUAGCAUUUAUAAGCUUUAUGAUUUGUACUUUUAAAGUAAGAUGGAAAACCACUGGAAAGGGUCUGCUGGUGGUUACAGGGGGUACAUCUUCAGUUUCUAUGCUUAUUGAUUGCUUUUGUAAAGGGAUGUUUUGUUGCUGAGCAGACAGGCUGUUUCUGACCCGUCUUGGCGGUGCCGUCAGUCGGCUGGUUCUGUUCCAGCUCGUCGCUCGUCCUGCUUCUAUCAGGCUUUUGGAGCCAAAGAACACCAGACGUCUUUAAGGUUUUCUCAGUACACUUUUAUACCCUUCAUGGAAGAAGACGUCACGUGUGAAACUGUUAAUAAAAAUGAUAUUUUUAACUCUU